AUGGGUGGCCCACAUACCACCGACCCUCUAAAGGUGUAUAUUAUCCAGGCCAAACUUGACCAAGACACAAUCAUUGAACUCCACAACUUGCUUGAACGAGAUAAAUACUACUACAACGGCUCUGCAAAAUUUACGCUUUGUAAUGACAUUAACGAAUCGGACGUUGUAGUGACGGCCAUCAAGAUGAGAAAGCGCUUAGAAAGACACAUUGAUUGGGAGAUAGCGAAACAAAAAGCGAUUGUUACACCGCAAUGGCUACGCGAUUCCGCUCAGGCUGGCAAAGCAAUUUCUUUCCAAGAUUAUGCUGCUCUUUCCGAGAUAAACAAUAGUAAUAUUAUCCACGAUAGUCCCGAAAACCAAUCUCGAGCCAGCCAAUUCUUGUCUCGACCCUCUUUCCAAUUAUUCAAUCCAUCGUCUCUCGAGGAGGAACCAACCAAUGAACGAGUUAAGGCCAACUGGAGAUUGCGAUAUGCUUGCAAACGUGCCAGUCCGCUGGUUUGUAAGAAUCAACCCCUCUUGGUGGAACUGGGUGUUCUUUACCGCGCAAGGGAACUGGAGGGCCUGGAGGUCAACGCGCUUGGGUAUGAACGAGCCAUUGCAGUGAUAAAGUCCUAUCCGAACCUCAUCGCACACGAGAACUUUGAAACUGAUAUUGUUCACUUGCCAUUUCUAGGAGAGAAGAUGCUCUUCAAGAUAAGAGAGUAUCUUACCACUGGCCGUAUCCAGGAAAGCGAAACCACUCGAGCGUCGCAACGCUUCCAGUCGUUAUCCGCUUUCUCCAGUGUCUACGGCGUUGGUCCCGCAACCGCUCGCAAACUCUACGACGACGGCCUGCGCACAAUUGACGACAUGAAGCGAUAUUAUGAUGUCCAAGAAGAUACAGAGGUUCCGCAGUUGGGAGCGAACUCUGUCACAAAUGAUCUUAUAAGAAAGGAUCAAAUCCCGAACUUGUCGACCAAAGUUGGACUGGCUCUUUAUGAGGACUUGGAGACACCCAUACCACGAUCCGAGGUCGAACAGAUCCACGAUUUAGUUAUGCAAGAAGCGAGAUAUCUGAUGCCCGAGUGCAUAAGUACUGUCGUUGGCGGGUAUCGGCGAGGAAAGCCGUACUGUAACGAUGUUGACAUUGUUAUAGGAUGUCCAAAUAUUCAAAGUGGCGGGAAUCAGGUCAAAGCCCUGGGCGAGAAGCUAAUCAAACGGCUCUACGACAGAGGAGUGUUAUGCCUAUCGGGAUUCCAUGCGCAAGACUCUGUGCGCGGUGCGCAUUUGAACUUGCUCGAGAAAGCCAUGACAAUUUUUGCCCUGCCAAAGAAUGCUGUUCACCAGCGGGUUCAUAGGCGUCUCGACCUGAUAUUCGCAGCACCAGAAACGUACUGGACUGCAAUAAUUGGAUGGACAGGAUCCAAGAUGUUUGAACGAGAUCUGCGACUCUGGGCGAAAGUCGAAAUGGGAAUGAAAUUUGAUAGUUCGGGGCUAACGCGCCGUUACGAUUCGAAGCUCUUUAUGCCAUCAAGCGAAAGACACGUUUUUGAAAUUCUGGGACUGGACUGGAUCGAUCCGACAAUGCGAAAUGCGGACGUAUAG